AUGAAAGGCAUGCACACUAGUUGCUAAAUAAUUCAUCUCUCUUUGAUUCAGGCACACUAUUUGUAAUUCUAUCUACCCUUCGUUUAUAAUGCUCUUUGAAUUCGUUGAGUAGAUUUCAGCUAUAGUAUUGUGUAUUUAUUUGCUAGAAUUUCUCUGCUGGUGUAACUCGAUGGGCUCUGUUUCAGGGUUUGGUUCCCCUAUCGAUCACAUAGGCCUGGGGAGCUCGCAAGCUGCUGUUGUCUCAGAAAGGGAUCAGAAAAGUCAUGGCAUUCUUCCGAGCAAUGGCGAGUUUCUGUCAUCCACCGAUACGUUUCUGGAAGAGGGGGAUGUUAUGAAAGAGAUACCAAGAAAUGCCCCUGACGUGAAAGAGAUAAAGUGGGCCAAAGAUGGCAACACCGUUAAAAUCCCAUAUUCUGUGUCGAAGCAAUACGACGAGCACAGCCUGGCCCUGGUUAAGCAGGCUUUCUCUGGAUUUGAGGAGCAGACCUGUGUCCGCUUCGUCCCAGUGACCACCGAGGAGGAUUACAUCGUCAUCAACCCUGUCACCGGGUGUUACUCAUCUGUGGGUCAUGCUGGCGGUGGCCAGUUGGUUUCCCUGGGACUGAACUGCAUCAAGCGAGACAUGGGAGUUGCUACACAUGUGCUCAUGCAUGUCCUGGGCUUCUGGCAUGAGCACACCAGGGUGAAGCGUGACAAACACAUCGCUGUGAAGCGGCAGAACAUCUCGCCAGAACUCGCCGGUAACUUCAAGAUCCGUGCUGAAAACACGCUAAAAAAUGAAUACGACUACAAUUCCGUAUUGCACUACAGCCAGUAUGCCUUCUCUGUAAACCAGCAGCAAGCUGCAACUCCCAUUCCUGACACCAGCGUUCCUAUUCGUUGGAGGAAAGCUCUGAGCGAGAGCGAUAUAAAAAGAAUCAACACGUGGUACAACUGUGACAAUCAUCUAGCAGAUGGCGACCAGGGCCACAAGAAUGCUGACUCCCAUCUUCUGGUGGAAAAGCCGCUGCAAAACUCGGAGAGGGACGUCCUGAAUCUUGGAGUCUCUCCCCCUGUGGCUGCCCCAAUCACUGCAGCCGCCGGAGACACCACAGGCCCUGCCUCCAGCACUCCUUUCUCAGCCUGGCACACAGCUAGCACGCCGGCCUCGGCCUCGCCGGCCUCCAGCACGCCGGCCUCGGCCUCCAGCUCGCCGGCCUCGGCCUCCAGCUCGCCGGCCUCGGCCUCCAGCUCGCCGGCCUCGGCCUCCAGCUCGCCGGCCUCGGCCUCCAGCUCGCCGGCCUCGGCCUCCAGCACGCCGGCCUCCAGCUCGCCGGCCUCGGCCUCCAGCUCGCCGGCCUCGGCCUCCAGCUCGCCGGCCUCGGCCUCCAGCACGCCGGCCUCGGCCUCCAGCUCGCCGGCCUCGGCCUCCAGCUCGCCGGCCUCGGCCUCCAGCUCGCCGGCCUCGGCCUCCAGCUCGCCGGCCUCGGCCUCCAGCUCGCCGGCCUCGGCCUCCAGCUCGCCGGCCUCGGCCUCCAGCUCGCCGGCCCCGGCCUCCAGCUCGCCGGCCUCGGCCUCCAGCACGCCGGCCCCGGCCUCCAGCUCGCCGGCCCCGGCCUCCAGCUCGCCGGCCCCGGCCUCCAGCACGCCGGCCUCGGCCUCCAGCACGCCGGCCCCGGCCUCCAGCACGCCGGCCCCGGCCUCCAGCACGCCGGCCUCGGCCUCCAGCACGCCGGCCUCGGCCUCCAGCACGCCGGCCUCGGCCUCCAGCUCGCCGGCCUCGGCCUCCAGCUCGCCGGCCUCGGCCUCCAGCUCGCCGGCCUCGGCCUCCAGCUCGCCGGCCUCGGCCUCCAGCUCGCCGGCCUCGGCCUCCAGCUCGCCGGCCUCGGCGGUCUCCAGCACCCCGGCCUCCAGCCAAGCAGACUUGUCUGUUCGUACUUCUACAGGAUAUGACCAGACCACUCUCCAGUCCAGUGAGGUCACCCAGUCUCUGCUUCCCAACCCUUCCCCUCGACCUGCCUCUCUGUUCUGUGACUUUGAGCUUGACCUGUGUGGCUGGGAGAACUGCAGCAGCGGGGACUUCAACUGGCUGCUAAGGAGGGAGAGGCCGGCUGAGUUUGAGACCCAGACUCUGCCUGAUGGCCAUGCCAGCUGCCGCAACUUUGCAGGACAGUACCUGUACCUGGAGGCAGUGUUUCCCCGGGAAAGUGGUGAAACUGCAGUCCUCAUCAGCCCCGUCUUUGAGGGACCCAAAUGCCUGUCCUUCUGGUACAGCCUGAUCGGAGAUGGCGUGGGUGCUCUCAAUUUGUAUGUGCAGUAUGUGAGCUCUCCAGACAGCUGGCACAAGCUGUGGUCUGCUAGUGGUGCCAUGCCCAGGAAGUGGUACUUUCAGCAACUGGAUCUGUUUGUCAAGGCUGAGGAGGAGUACCAGAUUCUGCUGGAGGGAACCAUCCGCAACAACUACUGUGGUGACGCUGCAAUAGAUGACCUGUCUGUCUCGGAGACCCUCUGCAUGCCUCUCCAGAAGAGGCUCCACAGGCGUCGCGAGCUGCCAGCUACCGCAGCACCUGAAGGGAGUCCCUCUGUCUCCAUUGCCCCAGUGCUGCCCCCUCCAGAGGUGCUGGAGACGCUGUUCUGUGACUUUGAGAAGGGGCUGUGUGGCUGGUCCCAGUGUACCAGUGAUGAGUUUGACUGGGAGCUUCACCAAGAGAGACUGCCUCCCCUGCUCGGUGCCACGCAGCCAGACUCCCUGGGGAAGUGUCGCAACUUGGAAGGGCAGUACCUGUACAUGGAGGCAGUGUAUCCCAGGGAGAGUGGUCAGACUGCAGUCCUCAUCAGCCCAGCCUUCAAGGGACCCAAGUGCCUGUCCUUCUGGUACAGUCUGUUUGGAGAUGGUGUGGGUUCUCUCAAUGUGUACGUGCAGUAUGUGAGCACAGCUGACCGCUGGCACAAGCUCUGGUCAGUCAGUGGGAACAAGAGCAGGAAGUGGCAUCUGGCUGAACUGGAACUGUUUGUGGAACCCAACGAGACAUUCCAGAUCCUUUUGGAGGGGACCAUUGGAAACAGUCCCUGUGGGGAUGUAGCUGUUGAUGACGUCUUUGUGACGGGACACCAUUGUGUCAAAGGAGACUCUGCACACACCCCUGUUGCAAGAAAUAAAACUUAAAUAUAUUUUGUAUUGACUAAUACAUGUAUAUGUGCAGUAAUGCUCCACUAUACACUGCUCCAAACAAUUAAGCAGUUGUAUGUGUAUGUAUAAAGCAUUAUUUUUCAAAGAAAAGUUUUGAUUUCUGGAAGGAAAUGUAGCUGGUUCCAGCCUAACUUUGCCACUUUCAGCAGAAGGACGUUAAAUAACAAAGGACAUAUGCUUUUCUCGGUUCCUACAGGUAAUGUUUUUAGUGUGUAUGCAUGACCAAGGCAAGCUCAUUGCACGGGCAGUU